AUUAUCAUGAAACGACCUUUUCGAGGUCUACCUUGCUGCCUUGACCAAAUAAAAAUUAUUGAAUAAAGCUAACCUCAAAUGUCAGAGUUUUAAAUUUAAAUUUUAAAAUUAAUAUUUUCAUUCUAUUUUCCAUUACAUUAAUUGUUUGUGAUUUAAAUGAAAUACGGACAUAUUUCUACUUGAGAAAUGUCUACACGAUGGUAUCCAGUUUACCAAAAAGGCGGUCCACAAUUGAGGGUGUUCUUACCAAAUUUUUGGUUAAAAUUAGUGCGACCAACACACGAGCAACCCCCAAAUGUAGUUCAGUUUGCUUGUUCAAUGCAAAUGACGAAACAUGAUGUUAAGAACUACCUAGAGAAAAUUUACAACAUUAAAUGCAUCGAUGUAAGAACAAGAAUACAUAUGACAAAAACAAGAAAAGAUCCGGGGAAAGGCUAUGUGGUUAAAGAUGAUGAUAUAAAAUAUGCAUAUAUAGUACUACCAAAAGGUGAAUCUUUUAAGUUUCCCGACCUGUUUAAAGAGGAAGACAAACAAGCAGAAUCAGAUCAUGAAAAAGCCAUAAAAGAAGCCAAAAAAGGGUACCAAGAAUUUCUGGAUAAAAAUAAAAAUAGACCCAGCCUACCUGGUUGGUUUACAGUGUAGUAAAAUUAUUUCAUACUUUAGUUAUUAAAAUAGUGAUUAAUUAAAUUGUCAAAUUAUAAUUUUAAUGAAUAAAAUUAUC